AUGGAGACCGCUCACCUUGAACACGUCCUCGACCACACCAGGACCGCUCCCGACUUUAUGGACGCUGCAUCUUUCGCCAACUACGACGCGCUCGCUGGUCUCGACUACCUGCAAUACCCGCACUCGCCCUUCCCCAACCCGAUCAUGGGCCUUCACGCAGCCGACUCAUCUCCGCGCCUGGGGUUCAACUCGCUCAACCUCACGAACGGCAUGAGCGAGUACACCUACUCGUCUAGCCCGUCGUACACGACCGCCUCUCCCGCUCGUCCCUUCACUCCGACUAGCAUCUACCCUGGUGCUCUCUCGAACCUGAGCACGGGCGAGCUGUCAUCCGACAGUGUCGCGUCUGGUCGUAGUCGUCGUGGAAGCGGCGCUCACUCCCCUGGCCCUUCUGUUCCUCCAGGCUCCCUCGCUGCUGUUCCCCGGUCGCAUCGCUUCAACCCGCUCGGCACGCCGAUGCGCACGUCUGCGCGCCAGCAGUCGCAACCGAAGAAGCGGGCGAAGGGUUCGGACGAUUUCGUGAGCGACGAUGACGACGACUUCAACCCUGUGUCCACGUCCGCGAACAACGACAUGCGUCGAGAGGAGAUUCGCCGCCAGCGCAUCGAGUCUGAGCAGCGGAGGCGUGAUGAGCUGAGAGACGGAUACCGUCGGCUCAAGGACGCGUUGCCGGUGUCGAACCAGAAAUCGAGCAAGGUUUCUUUGUUGGAUCGCGCAACCACCCACAUUCGCUAUCUCGAGAUGACCCAGCAGCAGUUGCAGACGAGGCUCCAGCAGGCGGAGGCAGAGACCGCACGUCUCAGGCACGUCAACGAGGCCCUCAUGCUCGGCACCGCAGAGCAGCGUCACGCUGCUGCAGCUUCCGCUGUUGCUGCCGCGACCGUGCAACAGACUUCCGUGUCUCCGGCACAGUCGUUCUGA